AUGAAUAGUGACGCACUAAACUUGAAAGGAAACAACUUUACUUUCACUUCUUCAGCUAAUAAAGAUGCCACAAAUAACGAUUUAACUAGACAAGGCCAGAACGAGAGAGAUGAUUGUCCACUGGAGUAUGUCAGAAACUCAAAUAAUUCCUUUCAAGGACGUUGUAAAUCAUUGGAUAAGGACGAAAAUAAGGGAUACUGGAAGCAAAAGCGCCAAGAAAAGCGCGCGAAAAAAAGCAAUCUGUCUGCCUCACGGAAAGCAGAACAAAAAACAAAGUGGGAGCUUUUGACCGAGGAUGAGAAAAAUAAGUGUCGUGCUUCAGCUAUAAAAAUGCACGAAGAACGUCGUCACGCCAACGAACUUUUCAUGGUAGCCACCAGACAGCGUCUUGUCGACCCUGAACUUCCUGUAUUAGUGUUCGACCUCAGCUUCGCUUGGUGCAUGAGCUUUGCUGAGACUACGAGCACAAUAUCGCAGCUUAAGUUUAGCUAUAGUACGCUGCGCCGUGCGGGAUUCCCUUUUCGUCCUGUUUUUUCUUCCUUGAUAGGUAAAGAAAAGCAAAACACUGAACAUGAUGCCAGCGCGCAGGCAGAGUUGCUUCAAGCCUCUUUGAUCAAUUUUGAGGGCUUUAAGAGGUUUCCGCCAACCGUUGCCGUUGAUCAGCACUGGUCAGAACUGUUCCACAAAGAGAAGGUCGUAUUCCUCAGCGCUGACGCCGAUGAGAUCCUUGAGGACAUCCAUUCAGGUCACAUUUACGUUAUUGGCGCAUUUGUUGACCACAAUCGUUAUAAAGGACUAAGCAGGACAUGUGCGGAAGCACACGGUGUGCGUGUCGCACGCCUUCCCGUCAAAGAGUCCAUUGACCUGUGUAACCGUUCUGUGGUGCUCACGAUAAACCACCUCGUUGAGGUGCUCAGGUCAUAUGUGCAGCCGGAGGAAGGCUGUGCGCGCGACUGGGCCCGUGCCCUUGAUGCAGUGCUGCCUGUUAGGCGUAUCCAACAGGAGGCGUUGGGCAGCCGCAAGCGGCGGCGACAACAACAGCAAAAUUCAAUAGCUUUUAAGGGGUACGAAGGCCAUGCGGACUUCAAGGGAGUAAACUUUGAUCCGACUUUGUGACCAGUUACCUUUUCCUCUUGCUCUCUGUGGAUCGUUGAUCCGUUUUUUUCGUUCCCUCUGUGCAUGCAUUGGAGUAACGAGGCACUGCUGAUAUCGCAUAAAUGGCACUAUAAUAACAACAAUUUGUAAAGGAAAUAUAAUAUGGAGCGAAUGCUUCACUCAGUCAUGAUUCAUUAGAUUUUCUGCUUGUCGAUAAAUUCAUACUUUAUCCAUUCUAAUUUUUUAUUAAAG